AUGAACAGGGCUGAGAAAUACAUAAGGCAGGAUGAUGCCUUGAUGACCAGCAGAUUCGCUAGGGCAGCGACGGAUAAAGGGAAGGCCCUAGAAGAAAGGAGGCCAGAAAGGCAGGAGAAGAAACAAAGCAGAAGGCCAGAGCCCUACAGGCAGCCCUGGGAGCGAAGGGAUCAAAGACCUCUCCCCCUUGAGGUCCCAGAACAAAAAUCACGGCCCUUGUGUGUCCCAGAGAAGCCGACCCCACUCAAUGCCUCCAGGGCGGAAGUGCUCAUAGCCGUCCAAGACAAGGAGUUCCUCCAAUGGCCUAGGCCCAUGAAAGCAGAAGCAAACCAGAGAGAUCCUGACAAAUAUUGUCAGUACCAUCGCACGCACGGCCACGACACCAACAACUGCUUCCAAUUGAUAACAGAAAUAGAAAGGCUGAUAAAGAGAGGGCACCUGAAAAACUUCGUGAAAAGACCGGAGGGACAGAGACCUCAGCCUAAUCCGGCAGAUCAAGCGUCGAGGAGAACAGGAGCUAACCCGGUGAAUGAUGGGUCUAGUGGGACCAUUAACAUGAUCGUUGGAGGCACAGGCGGUCGGAUGAGCCGAAGGGGGAAAAAGAGGAGUAGAGAAGGAGAAAGUAGCAGUGCCGAGGUUAUGCAGGUCGUUAAGCACUCCCCAGUGACCAUCACUUUCUCUCCGGAGGAUGCUCAGGGCGUUCAGAUGCCCCAUGAUGAUGCCCUUGUCAUUGAGACCGUCAUUCACAACUAUCGGGUGAAGAAGAUCCUAAUGGAUAACGGGAGCAAGGUGAACCUGUUGCCAUACCGGGUUUUUCAGCAGAUGGGAAUCCCCGAAGAACAGUUGAUCCGGGAUCAAGCACCAGUCAGGAAUCGGAGGAGUAUCGGUGCCCGUGGAGGGGAAGGUGAAGCUGGCCCUCACCUUGGGAGAAACACCAAGGACUCGCACCCACUAUGCGGUGUUUUUGGUGGCUAA